AUGAAGUACUCGACGUUCUUGGCGGCGCAAUUGGCGUCGUCGGCUGUAGCAGUGAGGCUUGCACCGCGAGAGAACCCAAGAGUAGUGCGCCUGGAUACCCAGCGCCGAAAUGUCAACCCCGUCGCACACGACCAGCUACGGAGACGGCAAAACGUUGUCCAGCAGACGCUUGACAACCUCGAGACACUCUACUUCGCCAACGCCAGCUUAGGCACCCCCGAACAGAACUUCCGCCUCCACAUCGAUACCGGCAGCAGCGAUCUCUGGGUCAACUCAGUGAACUCGAAUCUGUGUAGCCAAGGGGGCAACCAGUGCGGCGAAUCGGGCACAUACAACGCGAACGACUCUUCGACAUAUAACUACGUCAACGGCGCAUUCAACAUUUCAUACGUGGAUGGGUCAGGCGCAUCGGGAGACUACGCAACAGAUAACUUCCGCCUCGGCGGCCAGACAGUAGAAGACCUGCAGUUCGGUAUCGGCUACGUGUCGAGCUCACCGGAGGGUAUCCUCGGAAUUGGCUACACCAUCAACGAAGUUGCCGUAGGACGCGCCGGAUUAGAACCAUACCCCAACUUGCCUCAAAAGCUAAAGGACGACGGUACUAUCAACUCAAACGCAUACUCGCUAUGGCUGAACGACCUGGAUGCGUCGACCGGAAGCAUUCUCUUUGGAGGCGUAGACACCGACAAGUACUCGGGUGAACUACAGACGCUACCAAUUAUCCCAGAGCGUGGACAAUAUGCCGAAUUCAUCAUCGCUCUAACUGGUAUGGGGCAGAACGGCGAGAACGGUUCUAUCUUCAACGAUUCCAACGUACCGGUCCUGCUUGACUCAGGGUCCUCCUUGAUGUAUCUUCCCGAUAAUGUCGCGAGCGCUCUGUACCAGACCUUCGGCGCCCAGUACCGUCCUUCGCAGGGCGCAGCCACUGUCGACUGCGACCUUGCGAAUCAGGAAGGCUCGCUUGAAUUCAACUUCUCCGGUGUCACGAUCUCUGUCCCACUCAACGAGCUUGUCAUAGUUGCUGCCGUUAGUCGUGGACAGCCGGUGUGCAUACUUGGCAUUGGGCCCGCGGGCUCCUCUGUCGCCGUUCUCGGCGAUACUUUCCUACGAUCCGCAUACGUUGUCUACGACCUUGAGAACAACGAAAUUUCCCUUGCCCAGACAAAUUUCAACGCCACCUCAGAGAACGUUCAGGAGAUUCAAGAAGGCUCUGACGGCGUACCCAACGCUACAGGUGUUCCCAACGCAGUGUCUACUGCAGCUGUCGGCACUGGCGGACCCAGAAUCGAUGGUCCUAACAUAACCGGCGGCGGUGGAAUCAUAACAUCUACCGGCGCUGCCAUGCCGGCCGCAACUGCAAACCCAUGGGUUGGCGGUGCUGCGGUCGCUGGUGCGGGCAUCCUCAUGGGCUUCAACGGCUUCUGA